CUAAAGAGUUUCCUUUACUCUGCUUCUCGAUAGUUUUAAGAAAAAGUUCCAGAACUCUGUAUCCCACAGUUUAAAACAAACUCCGGUGUCAAGGAAGGAAGUUCUCGUAUCCUCAGUAGAGAGAAGAGGGCAUCUUAGACCUGAGUCUGUGAGGCAGAGAAAAAAAUCGGGGCUCCUGCGCGCUUCAAAUGGUUGCAACAUGAAAUCUCUCCCUCUUUCCUCUCUCCUUUCUUUAAACUUUCCUAUCAUGGCUCAUCGUUGCUUAGUCAGCUCCAAGGCUCUUCGCUUCCAGCGUUUAUGUGGGGCUGCAACUGCUUGAAUAGCCUUCACUUUCCUCUGCCGAGGCACGCUGUGUACUUUCACAUUCUUUUCUCUGACUGAUUGGCCCUUUCCGAUCAUGUGAGGGAAGCUGGAAUCCUGAAUUGUAGCUUUUGGCACUCCUCCUUUCUUUCUCUCUUUCUCUCUCUUUUUAAAAAACGCUUGUGCUUUCCAACUUCUUGCCUCUCUUCUCUCAGUGCUCCGGUUUAGAUCUGGGAUUUAAGAGUUGCUGUUUUUCCUUUUGAAAAACGUGAAGGCAGAGAUGUUGAGGCAGGUGCCCAGCACUUCAGGCUGCUACUGUGUGAAUGCCGUGUCAACAGAAGGCCAAGAGAUGUGCUUGCGUUUUGAUCAGGCUGCAAGACGCUCUUCUCCGUACAGGAUAAGUAGGAUCCUAGCGCGCCAUCAGCUCCUGACUAAAAUUCAACAAGAAAUUGAGGCGAAGGAGGCCUGUGACUGGUUGCGAGCUGCUGGAUUCCCACAGUAUGCACAACUGUACGAAGAUUCCCAGUUUCCUAUUGACAUUGCUGCUGUAAAGAAAGACCAUGAUUUUCUUGACAAGGAUCUUGUAGAACCUCUUUGUAGACGUCUGAACACACUGAACAAGUGCGCCUCAAUGAAACUCGAUGUGAACUUCCAAAGGAAGAAGAGUGAAGACUCUGAUGAAGAAGACCUUUGUGCCAUCAGUAACAAAUGGACUUUCCAAAGGACGAGCCGCAGAUGGUCUCGGGUGGACGACAUUGACACCUUACUUCAUCAGUCAGACAAGCAUGGGUCCUUGGGGGACAUUAAAAUGAAAAUCACCACCAGCAGUGAAAGUGUGCUUACUGACCUGAGCGAGCCUGACGUCUCAUCUAUUCACAGCGAGAGUAGUGGGGGAAGCGACCAUCGGAGUCAUUCUGGAGCCAGCAACCUUCUCAGGGAGACAUUUGACUGUUCAGGACAAUAUUGUGUAGAAAACGCUCUUUUGCAUGACUCCACCUCAGUUGGCACCAGCCCUUACCGUCCUCCAGAAGACUCUCAUCACCUCAGCAAUGAGAAGCCAACACGGACCAGAGCUAAAACCUUUCUGAAGCGUAUGGAGACACUCAAAGCCAAAGGGGCACAUGGAAAAUUGAAAGGCUCCACAAGGACUAGUAACUUAGUGAUAGGCAGACCUGUUCUUCAGCAUGAGCCAAAAGCCCUAAAGGAUAUGCAAUGCGUCCAAAUUGGGAAUGGAAACCUCCAGAACGUAACAUCUCAAAACGCAGCCAAGCAAGCGUUUCCCUUCUCUGCUAAAUCCAGCAGUGAGAGUAGCCAGUCAGAGAUUAGCAGUAGUGGCAUAAGCACUCCCUCCUUAAAGGAACGGAAAUACCAUGAAUCAAAUAAACGAGGCGGCAUGUACCUGGAGGACCUGGAUGUUCUUGCAGGAGCAGCACUGAGGCAAGUGAUAGAUCAGAAUCGUAGAAAUGAAUUUCAUUCCCAGGAGAACCUAGUUGUCCAUAUUCCGAAGGACCACAAACCUGGAACGUUUCCCAAGGCACUUUCCAUAGAAAGCCUCUCCCCUACAGAUAGCAGCAACCGUGUGAACUGGAGGACAGGCAGCAUUUCUCUAAGCAAUCAGAAGUGCUCGACACCCAAAGAGUCCAAUCCCCUUGCUAUCUGUCCAAAGGAGAGCCGAGUUAGCAUUUAUGACAACGUUCCAGGUUCUCACUUAUAUGCCAGUACUGGAGACCUUCUAGAUUUGGAAAGGGAAAACCUCUUUCCUCAUCUGGAUGACAUUUUGCAGCAGGUCAAUGGGCUUCAAGAAUCCGUAGACGACUGGUCCAAAAACAUAUUGCCAGAGCUGAAGAACAACGAUCUAUCCAUUGGUGAAUGUGGAUCUUUAUCAUUCCGGUCACCAGUCAAGAUUGCAUUAGACUUUGAACAGAACUCUGUAUCGGAUGGCCGGACGACCCCUAGUGAUAUGGACAGAGAUGGGACAUCUCUCAAUGAAUCAGAAGCUACUGGUGUUAGGGACAGAAGAGAUUCUGGUGUUGGAGCAUCUCUUACAAGGCCAAACAGGCGAUUACGUUGGCACAGUUUUCAGAUCUCUCACCAACUGUGCCAUGCUAUAGGAUCACUGCAGAUCAGCAGUCAGUCAGCUGCUCAGUUAAAUCUGCUGCAAAAAUUUUCCCUGCUUCGUCUUACUGCCAUCAUGGAAAAAUACUCCAUGUCAAACAAGCAUGGCUGGACUUGGUCUGUACCAAAGUUCAUGAAGAGGAUGAAAGUUCCAGACUACAAGGAUAAAAACAUAUUUGGUGUGCCUUUAAUAGUUCAUGUGCAAAGAACAGGGCAGCCCCUUCCACAGAGCAUACAACAAGCGCUGCGCUAUUUACGCAACAAUUGCCUGGAUCAGGUGGGUCUUUUCCGGAAGUCAGGUGUGAAAUCCCGAAUACAGGCCUUACGCCACAUGAACGAAAGCUCUCCUGAAAAUGUCAACUAUGAAGACCAGUCAGCGUAUGAUGUGGCAGAUAUGGUAAAGCAGUUUUUCAGGGACCUGCCUGAGCCUCUGCUCACUAGCAAAUUAGGAGAAACGUUCCUCCACAUAUAUCAGUAUGUUCCAAAAGAACAACGGCUUCAGGCGGUCCAGGCUGCCAUCAUGUUGAUGUCAGAUGAAAACAGGGAGGUUUUGCAGACUCUGCUUUGUUUCCUCAAUGACGUCACUUCCGUGGAAGAGAACCAGAUGACACCCAUGAACAUAGCCGUGUGCCUGGCCCCUUCGCUUUUCCACCUCAAUCUGGUCAAGAAAGAAAGCUCGCCACGAGUAAUACAGAAGAAAUACGCAACAGGGAAGCCUGAUCAGAAAGAUCUCAGUGAAAACCUGGCAGCAACUCAGGGACUUGCACACAUGAUAGCAGAAUGCGCUAAACUUUUUGAGAUCCCACAUGACAUGGUAACACAGUCUCGGAAUUCGUAUGUUGAGGCCGAAGUGCAUGCUCCAACUCUGGUGGAACUGGGCAAGCAAAUGGACGAAGAAGGUGGGAAUUACCGGACCUACCUAGAAAGUCUAAUACAGAGCCUCUGCAAAGAAGCGAAAGAAAAAUUCAAAGGAUGGGUCACUUGUUCCAGCGCAGAAAAUACGGACCUGUGCUACAAAAAGGUAGGAGAUGGAAACCCAUUGAGGAUUUGGAAGGCAUCCGUGGAAGUUGAGGCUCCUCCCUCUGUUGUAUUGAACCGAGUUCUAAGAGAACGCCAUCUCUGGGAUGAGGAUUUCUUGCAGUGGAAAGUCAUUGAAACGUUGGACAAGCAGACGGAGGUCUACCAAUAUGUUCUGAACAGUAUGGCUCCCCAUCCUGCUAGAGACUUCUUAGUUCUCAGGACGUGGCGAACCGAUUUGCCUAAGGGGAUGUGCAUAUUGGUGGCUGUAUCCGUGGAACAUGAAGAAGCCCCUCUGAUGGGAGGAGUGCGAGCAGUUGUUAUGGAUUCCCAGUACUUAAUAGAGCCCUGUGGCUCUGGGAAAUCUCGCCUGACACACAUUUGCAGGGUGGACCUGAAAGGUCAUUCAUUAGAGUGGUACAACAAAGGCUUUGGACAUCUGUGUGCAGCUGAAGUUGCCAAUAUCAGGAAUUCAUUUCAACCGCUGAUUGCUGAGGGACCAGAAACAAAAAUAUGAGUGCUGGAUACCGAGAUAUAUGGAGUUCCAUGGACAAACUAGAGCCACUGGGUGGUUUUAACCUACAUUUGUGCAAUAGCCAAGCAAGGAUUGAUUGGGCAGCUCUGCCAUGGUCUGGUAAUGUCACUCACUUACCCUCCCAGCCCCAUCCUGUAUUCGUUGAUCUCCUUCACUGAAGUUGUCCAAGAACUUUUUCAGGCUACACAAAUUGACUGUGGUCAUUGCUUUUCCAUUGCGUAAUUCUAAUAUUUAAAAGCUUCUGAGAAGCUUAUUUUAAAGUGUAAAUAAGAGAUGUAAAUACUGUAUAGACUUUGCUAUGUAUCAUAUCUGCCUAUAUAUAUAUACAUACAUAUAUAUACACACACACACACAACACACACACAUAUAUGUAAAUAUAAUAAGUUUUGUAUAUAAGAGAGAACUUUCUAGAAGAAACUUCCUGCAUCUGUUUGGAAUGAUUUCCAUUCUGUUAGAUCUCAGCAUCUCCCAGUUUCUGUAAACAGCAUUUGCUAUUACUGUUAAAACCAUGACAUCAUCCGCGCGGUGACUAUCAGCCAAGUGGAGUACUUAAGCUGAUCCUAUGUUUGCAAAGCUUAUAUAAAGAGGUGCGUAGAGAUGGGCAUACAGGGUUGAGAAGGGGCUGCUAGGAGGCAAGGGAAGGGCAACGAACAGCAGAAAAGCAGUCCUGUCAGAUAGCACUGGCAGACAAUAAUCUACAAUUGCCUGCAGAAAGCAGCAGCUGAGAAUAUAUGAUAGGUAUCUUUGAAAAAGGAAUAGAGAAGUUACAGGAUCAGCUCACUGUUUUCAGUUUUCAGAAUAUUUGCUAAGACUGUUGGGCUAAUCCUUAGACACCAUGGUAACAAGGAAAUGCUUAGAACAGCUGGUGAAGCAACUGUUGAGCCCAUGAGACAUCUUACUUACCACAUCCAGUAACUGUUGCUUAAACUCACAUUGCAAGGAUGGGCCUUCAAAUCAGUCACUCCAGAACAGUCCUCUUCACAUCUGUAGGGAUAUUCUAUAGCAAACAGUACUUAAUCUAAGGCUUUGUGAUUUGAGAUCCUAUCCAAAGAUUUGCUGUCCCGGGACAUAAAGAUUUGGGUCCCGAUUCAGAGAAAGUUGCUCAUGGUUAAAUUUCAUUGAAAUCAAAUGGAACUUGAGUGGGUCAUGACUAGCAAUAGCCCUGAAGUGAGCCAUGCAGAUAACUUUCUGUGUUGUGGGGUUUUCCUAUAAAUAAGCAAUAAACAAAGUUUACAGUUCCCUGAUUCAGCAGCUCAUAAUGGUCUUUGAAAAAUCAUUGUGGCCCCAUAGUUUUUUUCUGCAGCUUUUCAGAUUAUAAUCCAAGCCGCACAAGAACUUCAAACUCACUUCCUCCAACUCCCUCGCCUGGCUGCAACUGUUCCAGUGUCAGCAGGCGCAGAGGCUCUUAAUUCACUCUCUGGCACCUGAGAUGCUGCUAUGCUAGCAUUCCAAGAGCCAGGAAAGAAAAGAGAAGGAAGCAACAGCCAACACAGCCAGGCAAAGAGAGAAAUGAGACCUUUUACAGCCAGGCAACUAGGUAAGGAAGUUCAGUGCAGUGAGGGGUAAAGGAUUUCUACUGCAUUGAGCUCCCGUUGCUGGGGUAUGUGAUGGGACACAGAACAUUUCCCAGCAUUUUAGCAAAUUAACACAGUUGGCCAAGCCCAUACAAAUCAAGCUCAUAUUUGGGAAACCCAGGCAGGUGGGCAGGGUAUAAAUAAUAAAUUAUUAUAUUAUUGGGCUAACCCAUGUCCAUUACUUGUCUAAGUUUCCCCAUUGAUUUUAAUGAGGCAUAACAGUGAUUAACUUUCUCUGAUAUGGAGCUUUAGCUUGGGAUACAGCAACAGCCAUGCCAGCACAUCGCUAACCAUUAUAUUCUACUAGUAUUGCACUCAUGUUGCAUGCCUAUAAUGAAGUACAAAUUGGACUACUGGUGUGAAGAAAACAAUACCCAGCAACAGAGCAAUUUUGCCAGAUAAACAUUGUUUCCAACAACAUUAGGAUCCUUAAAAAUAAAAAUAUCUAUAUAGCUGC